AUGCUCACUCAAGACCGUGCAUACCGGGCGUCAGCUGCCGCCUCCCAAAUUGCCAACUCUCACAGUGGCCCCAACACUCAAUCCAGCCUUGAACAGGGACCAAAUCCUCUUCAUACUCUUAUUGCUCGUUCUCUCUCUCGAUCGGGAAACAACACUGAGACCUCGAUCCUGUCCUUGCCAAGUUCUGCAACUGAAGACGAACUGGUGACAUCUAGCAACAGCAAUAUAAAUCGCUACAACCUUCGGCCAAACAGACCUACAACCUUCCUGCAAGGGAAACCGCGAUGUCUGGUUGACCGGCGCCGUUUCCCUCAUCUCUGCAAAUCGUACAGGCACCACCUGGACCUGCAUGGGCUGCCGGACAGAAAUUACGUUCCUCCAUCCCACUCACCUACGCCAGAUCCAUCCGACCGGAGUCCCUCUGCCGUCUCGAGCCCACCUAGUGUCGCAUCAAGCCUAGAACUUUUCGGUUUAGAAGCACGUUCCCCCAGUUCCUCAGAUCACGAUUCCUCGGUUAAUCCCAGUCUGCCCCGCGACGAAUCAAGUCCAGAAUUCCUCAGCGCAGAGGAGCGUCUACCUACACCAUGA